AUGUCUCAAUCUCACGACAAGCCAACAGUAGUCACCCUGGCCGAGUACCUUUUCGCCCGCUUACACCAGCUCGGCGUGGGCGCCAUCCACGGCGUCCCCGGCGACUUCAACCUGCGCCUCCUCGACUUCGUCGAGCCCGCGGGGCUCCAAUGGGUCGGCAACACCAACGAGCUCAACGCCGGCUACGCCGCGGACGGGUACGCCCGCAUCAAGGGCCUCGGCGCCCUCAUCACGACCUCCGGGGUCGGCGAGCUCUCGGCCAUCAACGCCAUCGCCGGCGCCUACGCCGAGCGUGCCGCCGUCGUUCACAUCGUCGGCACUCCCUCCCGCGCCGUCCAGGACGGCCGGCUCCUGUUCCACCACGGCUUCAACGACGGCGAGUACGGCCGGUUCGCCGAGAUGCACGCCCACGUCACCGUCGCCCAGGCGGACCUGCGCCACGCGCCGUCGGCCCCGGAGCAGGUCGACCGCGUGCUGAGGGAGUGCCUCGUCCAGAGCCGGCCCGUCUACAUCCAACUGCCCCAGGACCUGGUGGAUGCCGCCGUCUCGGCCGACAGGUUGCAGUCGCCCAUCCGAGUUCCGGGCCAUGCGGCGACUCCGGCGACCGAGAACGCCCUGGCAGCGGUGUUGGACAAGAUCUACAAGGCGAAGCAGCCGCUCAUUCUCGUCGACGGGGAGGUGAGACCGCUGGGCAUUAUCGAUGAGGUCCAUCGACUGGUCGCAUCGACCGGGUGGCCUACCUGGACGAGCGGCUUCGGAAAGUCCUUCGUCGACGAGACGCUGCCGAACGUCCACGGCAUCUACUCGGGCAAGUUUGCCGCAGAGACCGCGAGGGCGUUCUUCGAGAGCGCGGAUCUCGUCCUGUGCUUCGGGCCUCACUUCAGCUCGACAAACACCUCCCUUUUCACCACCAUCCCGAGGACGGACGUCUCGGUGCUCUUCUACGACAACCAGGUAAAGGUGGCCGGCGAGCUCUUCCGGGACGUGUCUGCCAAGGGCCUGCUCGCUUCACUUCUUCAAACCCUGGACACGUCGAAAACACACCGGUACGCUCCUUAUCCAUCCCUCCCGCGAGACUAUACCAUCGCCUUCUCGGACGUUUCUGCCGAGGAGAAGAUCAACCACUCCAAGUUUUGGCGUCUCGCGGCAAACAUCCUCCGCCCGGGGGACAUCAUCCUCGGGGAGACGGGCACAUCCGGCCACGGCUGUCGCGUGCUGGCCCUGCCGCCCCAUACGAGGCUGUUCACACCGGCCACCUGGCUGUCCAUCGGAUACAUGCUCCCGGCCGCCCAGGGCGCCGCCCUCGCGCAGCGGGAGCUCGUCCGGUCGGGUCGGUACCACGGCAUCGCGGACGCGCGCACGAUCCUCUUCAUCGGCGACGGCAGCUUCCAGAUGACGGCCCAGGAGAUGUCGACCAUCAUCCGCCACAGCCUCGACGUCGUCGUCUUCCUCGUCAACAACGACGGGUACACGAUCGAGCGGUGCAUCCACGGCCUGGCGCAGCCCUACAACGACGUCGCCGCCUGGAGGUAUCUGCAGGCGCCCGGCUUCUUCGGGGCCGACGCGGCGGAGACGUAUACCGCGUCGGCGAGGACUUGGGGAGAGUUGGAAGCGGUGUUUCAAGAGAAGAGAUUUGUGCGUGGCAAGGGGCUGAGCAUGGUCGAGGUCUUCAUGGACCGCGAUGACGUGCCCAAGGGGUUGCUUUCUGACCUUCUGAAGCGGGAAAAAGGACGCAUCUCGUCUCCUGAUCAGCAGUUGUGA